CUCUUAUGCACCUUACAAGUCUCUUUAAUUCUUUUAAUAUAGAAGCCAAACCUUUACCCUCUUCCUCAUACCCUAUUUGAUUAGGCUAAACUAAAGAGAAGAGUUCAUCAUGGGCCAGUCACUGAUUAAAUUUUCUCAAGGAAAUGAGGAGAACAAGGAAAAUGAGAUCGAAUGUGCAAUAGAAGAAUGGUAUAACAAGGUUUUUAUUGAUACUGAACAAUGGGAAUUAGCUGAUUUCUACAGAGCAGUUUGUCAAAUUAUUGAAGAAAUUAACAAGAAGCUCAAAAGCACACAGUUUCGGACACCGGAUGCUGAGAAACUCAAGCAAGUUUAUCAAAUACACUGCAAAGAUAAAGGAAAAGCAGUAACCAAAGAAGAGUUUCAGAAAAUGCUACAAGAAGUUAUAAUUAAAACAGGAUUUACAGGUUUUGGAUCAAAAGACAUUUUUAUUUUUCUGUUUGGAGUUCCUGCAGCUGCCUUGUUUCUCAAGCAAAGGAUUGCUCCAAAAGCUGUCCCAAAUGAUGUCUUUAUUCCUAUUGUCACCUCUGCCACCGUUUACUUUCUUGCUAGGCUAAACAAAAUUUGAUAUCUUGAUGCAUUGAAAAUUAAUGUGUCACAUUUUCGAAUUUCUUUUUAUGAUUCAAACUUUUAAAAUUACCAAUUCUAGUUUAUUUUUAAAUUUUCAGAUUUAUUA